GGAAAAAAAUGGUAAAAAAAAAAUUUGACUCAUAGAUUUUAACUAUAAGUUCUUUUAAUUACUAUCAACUAACUGAUAACUUAGACAAAAUGGCUAGAAGACCAGCUAGAUGUUACAGAUACUGUAAGAACAAGCCAUAUCCAAAAUCCAGAUAUAAUAGAGCUGUUCCAGAUGCUAAAAUUAGAAUCUAUGAUUUAGGUAGAAAGAAGGCUCCUGUUGAUGAAUUCCCAUUAUGUAUUCAUUUAGUUUCUAAUGAAUUAGAACAAUUAUCAUCUGAAGCUUUAGAAGCUGCUCGUAUUUGUGCCAAUAAAUAUAUUACCAAAGUUUCUGGUAGAGAUUCUUUCCAUUUAAGAGUUAGAGUUCAUCCUUUCCACGUUUUACGUAUUAACAAGAUGUUGUCAUGUGCCGGUGCCGAUAGAUUACAACAAGGUAUGAGAGGUGCUUGGGGUAAACCUCAUGGUUUAGCUGCCAGAGUUUCUAUUGGUCAAAUUAUUAUGUCUGCUAGAACUAAAGAUUCCAACAAAGAUGUUGUUAUUGAAGGUUUAAGAAGAGCUAGAUAUAAGUUCCCUGGUCAACAAAGAAUCAUUAUUUCUAAAAAAUGGGGUUUCACUCCAUUAGAUAGAGCCGAUUAUGUUAUCAAAAAGAACAAUGGUGAAGUUAAAGAUGAUGGUGCUUAUGUUAAAUUCUUAACUAAAAAAGGUAAUUUAGAAGAAAACUUGAAACAAUUCCCAAACUUUCAAUAUGAAGCUUAAAUCAAUCUGAUUUAAUGUUUAAUUAUUAAUUAAGUUUUGUUUCAAUAAUAGUUUGAAUACUAUAUAUAAUUAUAUAUAUAUCCCUUUAUAUAAGUUAAUGGAGAAAUCCCAUCUUUAA